AUGCGCGACCGACCCAUCAAGCUCAUGCGGAGCGACCUAUGUGAUGUCUUUAUAUCAAAUCUUAAAUCCGCAAGAGAACACAACGAGCACUGGUUUCGUGCCGGCCUGUCAAACGCACCCUCUCUGCAGUCACGCAAAAAGAUCCUUAAUCUUGUCGAUGCUUCCGCGGGAUCAGAACGCCUUGGAUUGCCACCAUACGAAUGGUGGAAUGAAGCAACCCAUGGUGUUGGCUCCGCACCAGGUGUGCAAUUCACCUCAAAGCCAGCCAAUUUUAGUUAUGCCACCAGCUUCCCUGCACCGAUCCUGACAGCGGCCUCCUUCGAUGAUGCUCUAAUUCGUGAAAUAGCUGAUGUAAUUGGCAAGGAAGGCCGAGCAUUUGCCAACAACGGGUUUUCUGGAUUCGAUUUCUGGGCUCCAAAUAUCAAUGGUUUCCGAGAUCCUCGCUGGGGUAGAGGACAAGAGACACCCGGUGAGGAUAUAUUUGUUGCGCAGAGCUAUGUCCGCAAUUUCGUCCCGGGACUCCAGGGUGACGACCCUGAGGACAAGCAGGUUAUUGCCACAUGCAAGCACUUUGCUGUCUAUGACUUGGAGACAGGCAGAUACGGGAAUAACUAUAAUCCUACCCUGCAGGACCUGGCUGACUACUUCCUGCCUCCAUUCAAGACCUGCAUACGCGAUACAGGAGUAGGAAGCAUCAUGUGUGCAUACAACUCAGUUUCCGGAAUCCCAGCUUGUGCGAAUGAAUACCUUCUCGAAGAGGUGCUGAGAAAGCACUGGAAUUUUACUGCAGAUUAUAACUAUGUCGCGUCUGACUGCGGAGCAGUCACAGAUAUCUGGCAAUAUCACAACUUCACUGACACCGAAGAGGGCGCGGCCUCCGUUGCUCUAAAUGCCGGAGUUGAUUUGGAAUGCGGCUCUUCGUACCUGAAGCUCAACGAAUCUCUUGCAGCGAAACAUACUUCGGUCCAAACCAUGGACAAAGCCCUGACAAGGCUAUAUUCGGCACUGUUUACGGUAGGCUUCUUCGAUAGCGGAAAGUACAGUGAUCUCGGCCCUUCGGAUGUCUCUACCCCUGCUGCACAAGCUCUCGCGUAUGAGGCUGCAGUCGAAGGCAUGACGCUUCUCAAAAAUGACAAACUUCUUCCCCUGGGUCCUUCAAAUAAAUUCAAACGUGUUGCCGUUGUUGGACCAUUUGCAAACGCCACAACUCAGAUGCAAGGAGGCUACUCAGGGAUUGCACCAUACAUAAUAAGCCCAUUGGAAGCAUUCGAGGGCCACCAUGGAUGGAAAGUAAAUUAUGCUCCAGGCACUGCGAUCAACAACCAGAGCACUACUGGAUUCGACUUGGCUCUUGCAGUCGCAGAGAAGUCUGAUUUGAUAAUCUACCUCGGUGGCAUUGACAAUUCUAUGGAGGCCGAAACACUUGACCGAACCUCGCUCACUUGGCCAGCAAAUCAACUCGAUCUCAUCGAAAACCUAUCAAAGCUUUCUAAACCUAUGAUUGUUGUCCAAUUUGGUGGUGGCCAGCUUGAUGACAGCACCAUCCUCCAUAAUAAAGGAAUUCAAGCUCUGAUUUGGGCCGGAUAUCCCAGUCAAAGUGGUGGUCCUGCUCUGCUUGAUGUCCUACUUGGCAGAAGAUCAUUGGCUGGUAGACUGCCAGUCACACAAUAUCCAGCCAGCUAUGCCGAUGAAGUCAGCAUUUUUGACAUCAACCUUCGCCCUAAUCCGGAUGGUUCAUAUCCUGGACGAACGUACAAAUGGUACACCGGAAAGCCUGUGAUCCCAUUCGGCUACGGGCUUCACUACACGAAAUUCCACUUUGAGUGGGAGGAGACUUUGGAUACUGAGUAUAACAUUCAGCGGCUUGUUGCAUCCUGCCAGAAAAACAUCAAUGGCCCGGUUAACGACAACACGCCCUUUGCCACUGUCAAAGCACGGGUAAAAAAUGUUGGCCAUGAGACUUCCGAUUAUGUUAGUUUGUUGUUCCUUUCGAGCGACAAUGCAGGUCCGACUCCCCGACCAAAUAAAUCCCUGGUGUCGUACUUGCGACUCCACAAUAUAACAAGUGGAAGCGAAGAAGUAUCAGAGUUACCUCUUACCCUCGGAUCAUUGGCUAGAGCCGAUGAGAAUGGAAACCUCGUUAUUUUCCCAGGGCAUUACAAGAUUGCAUUGGACAUAUUUGAAAGCUUGGUUUUCGAAUUUUCGCUACAAGGGCAACCCGCGGUGAUCGAUACAAUCCCCAUGCCUAAUGCACAGUAUAAUUUUACUGUGCCAGUUCAUAUUGAGCCACCGUCCACUGAAGCACAUUCAUGA